AUGAGGCCCCCUGGCCGCCCCGCCGCGGCGUCCGCCCAGGGCGAUGCGCCCGUGCCUGGGGCCAUGGGCUUCUUCAAGAACGCGAGGCGCCGGGACGUCGGCGCUGGGGCCAAGGAUGCCCCCGCGUCCAUGCUGGCCGUGGCCGCGCCUGGCCUCCCUGGCGCCGGAGAGGAGGAGGCUGGCGCCGAGCUGGACCCGGUCGAGGCCGCGAAGCUGGCCGCGCUGGGGCGGCUGCCCGCCUACGCGCAGGCGCGCCUCCGCGACGCCCGGCGGGGCGCCGUCGAGGAGCUCCCCCCCGAGGAGGAGCGGCGCCGGCGCGAGGAGCUCGGGCGGCAGGAGGCCGAGCGCGCCGCGGAGCUGGAGGAGCUCGAGCGCCAGAGCCUGCUGGAGGAGAAGAUGUCUGGCGUCAGGGCCAUGACGCGCGGCGUGCACUGGUAG